CGAAUUAAUGAUGUUGCCCAACCGGCAACACUUUUCGUGUAAAUUGUUGCUUGGUGGUGCUCGUUGAGAAAGCAACAUAAAGACAUCAUGCAAGCUCCAAUUAUUUUCCUGAAAGAAGGGACUGAAAACCUUCAAGGCAAAUCUCAGUUGGUCAGCAACAUCAAUGCCUGUCAAGCUGUUGCUGAAGCUGUGAGGACUACUCUUGGUCCUAGAGGAAUGGAUAAGCUUAUAGUUGAUAAUAAUGGAAAGGCAGUUAUAUCUAAUGAUGGAGCUACAAUAAUGAAGCAAUUAGAUAUUGUACAUCCUGCAGCCAAAACUUUGGUUGAUAUUGCUAAAUCUCAAGAUGCUGAGGUUGGAGAUGGAACAACAACAGUUGUUUUAUUAGCUUCCGAGUUCUUAAAACAAUGCAAACCAUUUGUCGAUGAAGGAGUUCAUCCUCAAAUUAUUAUUAAAAGUUUUAGGCAAGCAUUACAAAUGUCUGUCGAAAUGAUAAAUGAAAUUUCUGUAAAUAUACAGCGAGAUAAUGCAGAAGAGCAUCGAGCAUUACUAGAGAAGUGUGCAAUGACUACGCUUAGUUCUAAAUUGAUUGCUAACCAGAAAAAAUUUUUUGCAAAAAUGGUAGUUGAUGCUGUACUACAGUUAGACGAACUGUUGCCACUUAAUAUGAUAGGUAUAAAAAAAGUACAAGGUGGUGCUUUAGAGGAUUCAAAAUUAAUAACAGGUGUUUCAUUUAAGAAGACUUUUUCUUAUGCUGGAUUUGAAAUGCAGCCAAAAAAAUAUUUAAAACCAAAGAUUGCUCUGUUGAAUAUAGAAUUGGAAUUAAAAGCCGAAAAAGAAAAUGCCGAAGUUCGUGUAGACUCUGUGCAGGAAUAUCAGAAUAUUGUUGAUGCAGAAUGGAAUAUUUUAUAUGAAAAAUUAAGAAAGAUUCAUGAAGCUGGUGCUAAGGUAGUUUUAUCAAAGUUACCUAUUGGUGAUGUAGCAACCCAAUACUUUGCUGAUAGAGAUAUGUUUUGUGCUGGACGAGUACCAGAAGAAGAUCUGAAACGUACUAUGAAGGCAUGUGGUGGUUCAAUAUUAUCUACUGUGUUUGACCUUAAUGAUUCUAAUUUGGGAACAUGUGAUUUAUUUGAAGAAAUGCAAGUUGGAGGUGAAAGAUAUAACAUACUUACAGGGUGCCCAAAAUCUAAAACAGUGACUAUAAUAUUACGUGGAGGUGCUGAACAGUUUAUUGAAGAAACUGAACGAUCUCUGCAUGAUGCUGUUAUGAUUGUAAGGCGUGCAAUGAAGAAUGAUGCUGUUGUUGCUGGUGGUGGAGCAAUCGAAAUGGAAUUAUCCAAGUACUUGAGAGAUUAUUCUCGUACAGUAGCCGGAAAACAACAACUUUUAAUAGGAGCAAUGGCAAAGGCUUUAGAAGUUAUUCCAAGACAGUUGUGUGAUAAUGCUGGAUUUGAUGCUACUAAUAUCUUAAAUAAAUUAAGACAGAAGCAUGCCACAGGUGGUCAGUGGUAUGGUGUAGAUAUUUUUAAUGAAGACAUAGCAGACAAUUACGAAUCUUGUGUUUGGGAGCCUGCCAUUGUUAAAAUCAAUGCUCUGAUAGCUGCUACAGAAGCUGCUUGUCUUAUUUUAUCCGUUGAUGAAACUAUUAAAAAUCCAAAGUCGGGUGCAGAAGAAACAAAUGCCGCCAAAGCACUGACCGGAAGAGGAAGAGGAAGACCUCACUAAAAUUCCAUUCUAAGAUUAUUUAAUUGAAAGACUCAUUAAGUUCCAUUUUCUUUAAUAAUACAACAGCUUGUUUGGAAGAACAGGAAUAAUAACGUUAAUGUUCAUUUUACAAGAUCCGCCACUAUUCAUUUUGAGUAUUUUUCAUU